GUGCCGCCCUCGGAGGUUGUCCGGCCGGACGGGUCGCACAGGUGCACACAGGGAGGAAGAUGGCGGCGCGGUGCAGCCACGUUUGGAUCGGAGAAGAAACGGGCAUUCUCAAAGGCGUCAACCUUCACAAGAAGCAGGCCACCAACUACACGGACGUUUCUGUGCUGAGCCGUGACCAGGAGGUCUGUGCCAUGUGCUGGGAGAGCCCCCUGGAGUCUGAGGUGUUCCUGGGCUGUCUGAACGGUACGGUGAAAGUCUUCAGCACGGAAAAGGAGAAGUUCACAGAAUUCCGGGAUUGCGCCGGAGGGGAAGGGCCGUUCCGAGGCCUGGCGACGUACGACAACUCCCUUAUCACCUGCGUGGAGUCGGGACUUCUGAAAGUUUGGCAAGAAGGGUCGACCGAUCAUACCGAGAUGCAGGUGGGUGCCAGAGUCUGCCGGAUGCGGCAGAACCCGGAGAGGAGGGAGCACGUGGCCACCGGAGGCAAGGAGAACGAGCUGAGAGUCUGGGACCUGCAGAGGCCACAAGAGACUGUGUUCACGGCGAAGAAUGUACGUAAUGACUGGUUGGAUCUCCGCGUUCCGGUUUGGGUGAGGGACGUACACUUCAUCCCAGCUUCCGACAAACUUGUCACCUGUACAGGACACAGCCAGGUCCGUGUCUACGACCCCAGUGCUCAGCGCCGACCUGUUCUGGAGAUGACGUAUGGCGAGGUUCCAUUAACCGCUCUCUCACUGACGUCUGAUGCCAAUUCAGUCGUUGUGGGUAACACCCAUGGGCAUCUGGCUGUCCUGGACCUCCGGAAAGGGCGGCUGCUGCGGUGUUUGAAAGGGCAGGCGGGCAGCGUGCGCAGCGUCCAGUGUCACCCGUCCUUGCCUCUCGUGGCGUCCUGCGGGCUCGACCGCUUCUUGCGGGUGCACAAUGUGGUCGACAGGAAACUGCUGCACAAGGUUUAUUUGAAGUCUCGGCUCAAUUGCCUUCUGUUCUCAAGUCGGGACAACUGGGAGCAGGAGGACGUGGAGCCAGGGGUGGAUGCAGACGUGAAGGAGGAGGAGGUUGACGAGAUCUGGGACUCCAUGGUAACCGUGGGCAGCCGGGCCCCUCCGAAGCGGAAGGCGGAGCAGCCGCGGCAGGUGAAGCAGAAGAAGGCAGGCCGCGAUUCCCAGGUGUAAUCCGGAGGAGUGGGAACGCUGUAUAAAAUGGGUUCUUGU